AUGGCGGAUAGGCUUGAAGGUCAUAUAUCAUCGGAUUCGCGUUCGGAAGAUUUAGAUGAUGCGAUAACAGUUGAACCUCAGGCGCGGCCUUCAAUUGAAGAAUAUGACAACGAAAUGACAUUAACCAGUGACUUCUUUCGAGGCCUUGGUAGACAUGCUCAGCAUCCAGAUAACGAGUUAACGUUAACUGGCGAUUCACCAUUGUUCCGGAAUUUCAACCAGCAAACGUGUCCGAAUAACAACAAUUCAAUACUAACAGGCGAUGCCUCCAUCUUUCAAAGCUUUAGUAAACAGACUCCUUCCUAUUCAGAUUUGUCGAAGGUGUUUGACCAGGACACCAAGCAAUACGCACAAAACGACGACAACCUUGAGAAGCCAUCCGUUAUCCUUGUGACUUCCGAACCGCAGUCUUCUAUCGAAACUCAAAAUAUCUGGUGUCAACUAUUUAAGCCUUUCCUCCUAGAAAUAAAAUCAAAAGCAACAUGGCCCAUGGCAAGGAAAGUUCUCAAGGCGGCUUUUGCUUAUUGGCUUGCCUUCGUGUUUGAUCUCAUUGUGCCCGCAAUGCAAGGCAUAGGGAGUGGCUCAUUCUUAGCAAUCGUGAUGGUUUGCUACUACCAACCAUCGAGAACGUUUGGUUCACUUUUUGAGAGUGCUGGUUGGGGAAUUGUUGGAGCUCUCGUGGCAACAAUAUGGUCCUUACUGGGAAUUUCAAUAUCCAACUUCAUACGUGGUGAUGAAAUAUAUUAUAUUCCAGCUACAAUAGUAAAUCUGACAUUCUUUGCUAUUGGAACGUUCAUCUUGUC